AGUCACGCGGGCGGUGGAUCUGCAUACAUGAAUUGGCAACCAAAAUACUCUCACCUGCCGCCAUUCACCAAAAAUAAGAAGAAGAAGAAAAAGAAGAAGAAGAAAAAUAUGAAAGAAUGGCAUCCGGCCCACAGUUUCAGCGAGCUAGCUAGUUAGGCUAUCCAUAAUGUAAUCCUCCAAUGAGCAGCAGAUCGUAUACAUUUUGCAUCUAAUUAACACGAUUGAUUGGGUAGAGCCAUCGUUUAACUAAGAAAAAGAUACACAUGCAAUGACCAUGUCCAACUCAACGUAAUGAAAGAAACACAAUCAAAUUAACCUACUAAUUACACGCCACUCUCGUGAACUCGAUUCACAAUAAUUAAAACUCAUAAACGUAUAUGGACUAAUUGCAAUUUGCAAACGAACAUCAGCCAUCUUUCAAAAGAUAACCUCGUCCUUAGCAUCCAUAAUGUCGCAUAUGUUCACCUUAUUAUACAUCACGCUAUUGACAUCAUCAACGUAACGAAAACCACCGAGGAUCACCAAAUAUCUCGUAGCAUCACAUAGUGCCAAAAGCUAUCCACUACACACGAAACAUCCAUCGCUUCGUAGUUCGAACUCCUUCCCCCGAUAUCCCCGUCCCCGGAACAUAUUUCAAAUAUUAUAGGCAAAAUGGCGUCAAACAAAACAUAUAAAUAAUUUGUCUAUUUUCAUCUUUAUUAUUGAUUUUAGACACACACAUACCAUUAAAGUGAACUUAGUGUAGUAACUCAAUAGCAUCAACCUUAUUCAAAGAAAACAUCAUCUCAAAUUAAUGAGGAAAGAAAACAACUUAGUACAUAGGAUGACAUCUCAUUGACAUUACCCAAACAUGCACCUAGCUCGGACCUAUAAUUGUUAAUUUGAACACUAAUAUAUAUAUAGAACAGUAUUUAAAUGCAUGUGAUGGAACUAAAAUUGUUAGGUGGCAUUUCACUUCAAACUAUCAUAAAAACAAGUGUAAUCGCAUCCCACCACGUAUAGCAAACCCACUACCACUGAAUUAAAAAACAAUUUGGUGCUUAAGAUAAUGGAGUUUGUGAACUAAUGUAUAAUGACCUAUUACUAUUAGCCCUCGUACUACCAAUAGGGAAAAGCAAUUUGGUCACUUCUCCUCUCUCUCUCAUUCUUGUUCUGACACGUCAAGUUCUAGCAUGGGUGGAAAAAGCCAAAAAAAAAAAAAAAACAAAGGCAUGAGUGAGGGGGAACAUUCCAUCUCAUUCCCACCAUUGAUCGAAACUGAGAGAAGAAGAAGAAGAAGAGGUACAAAACCAACAAGCAUGCUUCUGCAAACGAACGAAUCAGCCUUAGAGAAAAAGGCCAGAUGGUCCACACACACAAAAAAAAGCCCCACCACUAUAGGGCCAUACCCUCCUCCACCACCAAAACCCACUAAUCUAGGCCUCCUAAUUAACCCUCCUCAAGUCCUCCUAUAGAAUAGAAUGUACUAGAGAACCAACAACAACAGUCACUCAUUUCAGCCUCCCACUACCACGAUAACAUAUGUAGCAAUGCCUAUAAAUACCCAGCAGGCCAGCCCUUGCUUUCUAUUCUCCCACAACAUCAUCUCUCUUUCUUUCUUUCUUUCUGUUUCUCUCCUCAUAAUUCACUCUGUAAAGUUGAUCGAUCGUCCAUUGAUAAUUUUUUUUAUUACUGUAGCUGCAUGCGAGUCAAAAUGGCGAGUGCGUCGAUGAGGAAUCAGCAGGUGAUGGGGGUUGCACUCCUUGUCCUGCUCAUUGUCGAUGUUGCUUUCGCUGCCAGGACUCUAGGUACUAAAGGAGGCGGCGGCGGCGGAGGCGAGGGACGUGGUGGAGGAGGUGGUGGUGGGGGCAGGAUGGCUGGAGUUGGGUCGGGUUCGGGGUACGGGUCGGGUAGUGGGUCCGGGUACGGUUCGGGGUCUGGGAAUGCAGGGGGAGGUGGUGGUGGUGGAGGCGGCAGUGGGGGUGGAGGAGGAGGUGGUGGCUCCAUGUCGGGAAGCGGGUCGGGUUAUGGGUCCGGAUCCGGGAGCGGGUCGGGGUAUGGGUCUGGGGGUGGGAAAGGAGGCGGGGGAGGUGGCGGUGGUGGUAGUGGUGGAGGAGGUGGUGGCGGCGGUGGCAAUGGCGGGUCGGGGUCGGGGUACGGGAGUGGGAGUGGGUCCGGGUAUGGUAGUGGGGGCGGGAAAGGUGGCGGUGGUGGUGGAGGAGGUGGCGGCGGCGGUGGAGGUGGCGGCGGAGGAGGGGGGAGAAAUGGUGGUUCCGGGUAUGGUAGUGGGUCGGGGGAAGGUUAUGGGUCUGGCUAUGGAGGAGGAGGAGGAGAUGAUGACAACUCCCCAUGAAUGAAUUAAUUAAUUACCAAUGUACGGAUUAAUGGUAAAUCCUCGCUUGAUCGUUGGGUUAAGGUGAGGAUUUCGAUAGAUUCAUGAAUUUUAUUAGACACAAUUGUGGGGUUAUUAAUCGGAAGAAAAUAAAGUUGCAAGCCUAUGUGCUGCUUCACUUUCCAUAGGUAGAAAGUGAACUUGAGAUGGGCUACCCAUAAUUUCUUAUGUUGUAGUAAUGAUGUAACGUUACAUGGUAUGUUGUAUUAAUUUUUAUAUGUAUUAUCUUUCGCGAAAAUAAUAAACUAUCGUCAUA